AUGGCAGUGGCAGCGUCUCCCAUUCUACUGGAUGGCAAGGCCACAAGCGACGCAAUCUGCACGCAGCUGCAGCCUCAAUGUGUCGACUUUAAGCAGCGCUACGGUCGCUCCGUGGGGCUGGCAGUUAUGGUCGUGGGUUCCCGCAAAGACUCGGCCACGUACGUGCGGAUGAAGCAGAAGGCGUGCACUGCUGUCGGUAUUACGUCCUGGAAGAUCGCAAUCGCAUUGGACGAUAAACCUCAGGAGAGCGUAACCAGCGAGCUGCUGGCCAUUAUCAAGCAGCUCAACAACCGCGAGGACGUAGACGGCAUCAUCGUACAGCUCCCGCUACCAUCUUUCUGCGACGAAAGCGCCAUUCUCGCCACUAUUGCCCCCAAUAAGGACGUGGACGGCCUGCACCCCGAGAGCCACGCCAAGCUCUUCCAGUACGCAACUACCAAAGCUCAGCUAGUGCCUUCAUUCGCCCUACCUUGCACACCUGCCGGUUGUCUGGAGCUACUGGACCACUACAAGAUCCCUCUAGAGGGCAAACACGUCGUCGUGAUGGGUCGCAGUCAGAUUGUGGGUCUGCCUGUGUCGUUGCUGUGUCUGCAUCGCAAUGCUACAGUCACCAUGUGCCACUCACACACUCGUGACCUUAAGGCGCGUGUGCUAGAGGCGGAUAUCGUCAUCGCAGCCAUCGGACGGCCGUGUUUCGUCCAAGGAGAUUGGAUCAAACCGGGCGCAACGGUCAUCGACGUGGGUAUUAACCCACUUGAGGACGCCACCAAGAAGAGCGGAUACCGUCUCGUAGGCGACGUGGACUUCAACGCAGCAGUAAAAGUCGUACAUGCCAUCACGCCUGUGCCUGGAGGCGUCGGCCCCAUGACUGUAGCCAUGCUACUCAAAAACACCCUCCAGUGUGCUAUUCGACGUGCGCAACAGUAG